UCUUAAAAAAAUAGGUAAAAGUAUAAAUCAGAGAAAAAAAAUGGAGGAAGAUAGUAAUUAAGAAAAGAAAGCAUGUUGUACUGUCGCUAACAAUCGAACAGAAGGAAAAACAAGAAAGAAAGGAAAAUGGAUGGAUCAAACUGAAUAAACUGCUAUUCAAAUUCAAUUGCAUCCACCUGCCAGACUUCUCUCUUUCUGUGGUCAAAGAUCCAAAUGGCAAUCGGUGGCAGAUUCGGCGGAAGAAGACGGCUGCUACCACCACCACUCUCACAGAGUCGCAUUGUUAAUGGGUUCCCAAUAUUAAGACUAACCUCCUCUCGCAGAACAUUUCGGUUGAUAAUAAUAGGACUCGCCUUCAUUGCUCUCUUGCCCCCUCUUUUCUUCCACUUCAGACUCCGUCACUUCCAUCAAAUGCGAGUAAGAAGGUGUGGUUGGCUUAAUAAUCCUCCUCUUGUAUGUGCUCAUGGCGGUGAUUCCACUCAUGCUUUCCCUAAUACAAUGGCUGCUUAUCAUUUGGCGAUUCGUUCUCGAGCUGAUUGUAUUGAGAUUGAUGUUUCUCGUUCUUUAGAUGGUGCUCUAUUUGCACUCCAUGACAGGGAUUUGCAGCAGAUAUCUGGUCAUAAUACUUCUAAAGUUGGGUACUUGAGCAUGAAAGAGAUUAAAGAACUAUAUGUGCCUCAUCAGCCUGCAGAGGAGUUUCAUGAUCAAACAAUUCCCACUAUUGAAGAGGCUUUGAAGUUGAUUUCAACUUCAGUACGGCAGGUAAUUCUAGAUGCAAAGGCUGGGCCUCCAUCAUAUGAAAAGGGACUCGCCAAGGAUAUCCUUUCAGUUGUUGACCGAGCACAAUGUAGGAAUUGCCUUGUUUGGGCUAAAGGUGACAAUUUAGUCAGGGAUGUCAUCAAACAGUCAUCAAAUGUUACGGCGGGCUAUAUCGUUAUGGUGGACCCUAAAACAGGCAAUAGAAUGAACUUGUUGAGGAUGAAGGGAGCUAGGGUGGUUGGUAUAUACCAUCCAUUAAUUGACGAAAAACUAGUGAGAAUUCUGCACGGGAGGAACAAGCAGGUAUACGCUUGGACUGUCGAUGAUGUAGAUUCCAUGCGAAGGAUGUUGAUUGAGCGCGUAGAUGCUAUCGUUACAAGCAACCCCAGUCUCCUUCAACGGCUUAUGCAAGAUAUCAGAACUCAAUGCCGCGAAGAAGGUUUUUCCCUGCCACGAUGACACCUCUUAUCUUUUCAGGUUGAACCUGUACUGUACUGCUACAUUUGGCAUCAGCACUUUCUAAUUUUUAUGGUAUUACCAGAGAUUGCAGUGUGUGGUCUUCAUUUGUCAUUAACUACUUGCUCAAAAGUAUUCCUCCCCCUGAUUUUAGCAGUUUAA